AUGUGGGUGUCUACAGUGCACGGGUGGCAAGCGCUACCCCACUUGGAAGGCGUGCGACAGCACCGACGAGCACCGUGCCGACGACCUCCGCGAACCGCGAGGCGCUCUGACGCUGGCGUCUCGCUGCCUCGAACUGCGUUGCCGACUCGAGGGCGCUUCACUGCUGGGGUACCGACGUCAGCGGACUGCUCCGCGGUGCCGCGUUUGCGCUGCUUGGAUGCGACACCAGCCAGCAGCGAUGGAGCGGACACCGCUUCGACUCCAGCUGCAGCGGCAGGUGCGGGCGCUCAAAGCGUAGGGAGCGCAGUGGUUGCCUCCGAGCGCCCAGCGGACGCGAGAAGUGCAGCCUUGGUAGCUGCGGUGGCCACCACGCGUCCGGCACGUGAUCUGGCUGUCCGAGUGGUGUCCGGCAUUGUUAUGGGUUUGGUUGCCACGACCUGGAUUCUGGCGGGUAUCUGGGUGUUUACGGCCGGUCUGACAGUUGUCGCAGUGCUCGGUCAACUUGAGUAUUAUAACAUGGUGCGGGCAAAGGGCAUCCGACCGGCACAACGCGCUGGGAUAGCGGCGUCUAUUUUGGCGCUGUGGGUAGCCGCAGCAGCACCGCAGGCAUCAGAGGCCGUGUUCCCGGUCUCAGCGACGCUGAUCUGUACCUACAUGCUGCUGCAUCGCCGGGAGAAGUUCGCUACGAUCGCCGACAUCAGCACAACGUUCAUGGGAAUGUUUUACGCUGGAUACCUGCCGACCUUCUGGGUUCGCAUGCGAGCUCUCGGUGGCAUUGAGCAGACGCGCUUUCCAGCGGUGGUAUCGCGUCUCCCCGAUGUGCUGUGGCCAGGCUGGUUGCCACCACCGGAAGGCUGGACCGUAGGCGCAGCCCUAACCUGGUGGACCUGGCUCUCAGUGGCAAGUAGUGAUAUCGGUGCGCUGUUUAUUGGCCGCGCGUUCGGGCGCCGCAAACUCAGCGACAUUUCGCCGAAGAAGACCGUCGAAGGCGCCAUCGGAGGCUUCCUCUGUUCUGCACUCGUUUCGAUAUUGGGAGCUUUCUUGAUGAGAUGGCCGCUCUGGUGGCUCACCGGCACCCUCUACGGAAUCCUGAUUGGCGUCGUGGGCCUUCUGGGAGAUUUGACAGCCUCCCUCUUCAAGCGUGACGCAGGAUUCAAGGACUCGCCUGCAACAGCGUUUGGGGGACGUUUCCGCUGGGCGCUUCCCGGCCACGGAGGAAUUCUCGAUCGAACCGAUAGUUUUGUAUUUACAGCGCCCCUCGUGUAUUAUUUUGUCACCAUGUUUUUGCCUGCGUUGCGCGCCUUUAUUUUGAAGAGGUAG